UUUGUGUUGCCCACGAGACGCUGGUGAUCGCUUCUACCUAAAAACACAAAGCAACAAGACAAAUUAUUUCAAAGUAUUUCAUCAGUUGAAUAUUAUAAAGAUGGCAGGGAAUAUUAAAUUCUUUAGAUUUGUCGGUGGUUAUGUGUGCGGCGCCGCCGUCACCACUGGAUCAUGUGUUGCAGUGAUGAAACUUUACAAGGAUGAGGACACAGAGGACCAGAGAGAGCCCGAGAAAGUUCCUCAGGCACAGCAGGAGAUAGGGCGGUAUGGCUUCCCCUUGACAGGAGCUGAGAUACGAUACUACGCCAACCACACAUUGUCCUACAACCAAGCCAUGAAAACACCAAGAUGGGUCGCAGAGCACCUGUCACAUGAGAAACUAUUGGGGAAAGCUGACAGAAAGCACUGUAAAUUCAAGCCAGACCCCAGUAUCCCAGAACCCUUCACUGCACACAAUGCUGACUACCUGGGCAGUGGCUGGUCCAGGGGCCACAUGGCCCCCGCAGGAGACAACAAGGCCUCCGAGCAGUCAAUGGCUGAAACUUUCUACCUAUCCAACAUUGUGCCCCAGAACUAUGAAAACAACGCUGGAUACUGGAACAGACUGGAGAUGUACUGCAGGGACCUAGCCAAGCGCUUUGAUGACGUGUGGGUCAUAUCGGGACCUCUGGUCCUUUCUGAAGAGGAGGCUGAUGGGAAAAAGACAGUGUCCUACCAGGUCAUAGGCAAAGACGACGUGGCCGUCCCCACCCACCUCUUCAAAGUCAUCCUCGUCGGGAAAGACCAAUCGGCAUCGGGCAAUUUGACUAACAACCAAUCGGUAUCAGAAACCUUGGCCCUCGGGGCCUUUGUCGUACCCAACCAGCCAAUCGGCUUCAAGCGCCCACUGACGGACUUCCAGGUGAGUCUAUCGGAACUAGAGAAGAUCUCGGGCCUGACCUUCUUUCCCAAAGUGGAGCGGACAACUCCGAGCCUCCCCAACUUGUGCGAUAGGGAUUCCUGCCAAUUGAUGGACUUUAAGGAUUUCACCUUGUACCUCACGGCCAGGAAGGUGGGCAGUGCCCGCACCACGGUGAAGCUGGAGAAGAGCAUGGCGGAGCUGAAAGAGCAAGGCAUCGCCCCGGACGACUACGUACUCAAACUGUACCAGGAGAAGAAGAAGGAGCUGGAAAACAAAGAGCAUAACCUGGCUCAUGUUCCUUAGGGCACUAAGAGAAAACGUUUUGUAGCAGAAACAGAAAAUGAGGGUUUCUAAUUGGACAAGUCCACAUAGUCCCUCCUGUUUUGAUUGGUUUGGUGCCUAAUGAACACAACCCUGGAUGGAAUGUCCAUUAUGGCUCUGUGAAAUGAGCAGCUGGUCAAGUGGCUGUUUUGCUAUGGGUUACAUAGUUUGUUAGAUUGUUUAUUGAACAGAUCUUUCUGUAUAUUACUUUUUUCCCAUUGGAAGGGUUAUUUCCCAUGCCAGAAUUACAAAAAGUUUUUUUUAAAUGUGGAUAGUUUUUUUUAUUUACCCUGAACAAAAAUAUAAACGCAACAUGCAACAAUUUCA